AUGGAGGCGCUCUUAUCACUAGCCUUUGACAACCUCUCCUCCUACGACGGGCCCAAAGUUCGCAAGGGCUUGCGCCAAGUAGAAGGUCUUUUGGCGCAGAUAUGUCUGUCAGACGGUAGGGCAGCACAGCGCCAAAAGGGUUUUGUGGACGACGAUGGAGACACGCCGAUGAGUCCGCCGAGGAAGGACCUCGCUGAGCUGUCGCAGGAUCCGGCGUUUCGCGAAUUCUUCAAGUUGCAGGAGGGAUUUGAGUGGAAUGUCGCGAUGCGGCUUAUUGGGACGCUGGACCGGCUGAUGGCCAAGGGGAGCGACGGCCAGAACGACUUGUUGAUUUUGAGUGCCCUGGAUUUGAUUCAGGGUGUCUUGUUGCUGCAUCCGCCGAGUAAGAGUUUGUUCUCAAGGGAGCAGAACAUGAAUCUUCUUCUGGACUUACUUGAGCCAUUCAACUGUCCGGCCAUUCAGUCCGCAACGCUUUUGACUCUUGUUGUCGCUCUCAUCGAUACCCCCAGCAACACACGCACUUUCGAGGGCCUCGACGGUCUCCUAACGGUAACUUCGCUCUUCAAAUCGAGAAGCACCUCCCGAGAAGUGAAGCUGAAGCUCGUCGAAUUCCUCUACUGCUACCUGAUGCCUGAAACGCCCUCGAUACCACGGGCGGACCAGCGUGACUCUGUGCCCGCGAUGCUCCAGCGCAGCCCUAGCAAGCUUGCUGGUGCAUUUGCAGCCGAGAGUCGACGUAAACGCACGAACAGCUCUGGCGCGGUGACGUUGACAACGGAAGAGAAGCAGGAACUUCUCAGUCGACACCUUAGCAGCGUUGAGGAUCUAGUGAAGGACCUCAAGAACUGCGCUCCCUUUGGGGGCGUUGUGUGCUGA